CACUCUCCCUUCCCCUCAAGAGAACCUACAGAGAAAGAGACAGUGAGUGUGAGACAUAGAAUCCAAAGCUCACUUCUCCUUCUCUUCCUCCAUUCUUCAUCUUCAUCUUCAUCUUCAUCUUCAUCUUCAUCUUCUCUAAUUGACAUUCAAAAGAAUUUGUCAAUCAUUCUUUAAAGAAAGAUGGUUCAAGAACUAUGGAACAUGAAUGCACCACUAGGCAUUCGUCCGAGCAAAUCAGCACCAUCAUCUCCCAUCAAACCCAUCCUCAGAACACGUUCUGAGUCCUUCCAUGUUGCACACAAAGUCCCUGUGGGUGACACACCAUAUGUCAAGGCUAAGAGAGUCCAGCUUGUAGAUAAGGACCCUGAAAAGGCGAUAGCUUUGUUUUGGGCUGCUAUUAAUGCCGGUGACCGAGUUGAUAGUGCUUUGAAGGACAUGGCCAUUGUGAUGAAGCAGCAGAACAGGGCAGAGGAAGCCAUUGAAGCUAUCAAGUCUUUGAGGAAUAGGUGCUCAGAUCAAGCUCAGGAAUCACUUGACAACAUUCUCUUGGAUCUCUACAAGAGGUGUGGGAGAUUGGAUGAUCAGAUAUCUUUGUUGAAGCACAAGCUUCAUUUGAUUCAGCAAGGAUUAGCAUUCAAUGGGAAAAGAACUAAGACUGCACGUUCUCAAGGGAGGAAGUUUCAGGUGUCUCUAGAGCAAGAAGCAACUCGUUUACUGGGCAAUCUUGGAUGGGCUCUAAUGCAGAAGGAUGAGUAUAUGGAAGCUGAGGCGGCAUAUCGAAGAGCUCUUUUGAUUGGUCCAGACAAUAACAAGAUGUGUAAUCUUGGCAUUUGUUUGAUGAAACAAGGGAGGGUUGCAGAGGCAAAGGACACUCUCAAACAAGUGAAAAGGCCGGUAAACUCCUCAGAUGGUCUCCGAGGUGCUGAUUCUCAUCUUAAAGCAUUCGAGAGAGCUCAAGAGAUGCUUAGAGAUAUUGAAUCAAAAAUACUAACCAGUGGUGGAUCCAGGCUUUUCGAAGCUUUCACCGGAUCAUCAUCGAUUUGGCAACCUCAGCCUUGUAAUGACUAUCAAAUGCCAUUGCCAGAGUUUUUCCCCGAUGAAAAUGCCGCAAAACUUCCUCCUCCUCCUCCUCCUCCCCCUCCACCUCAAACAUUGCUGCCUUGUACUAAUUCACUUAACAUCGAUGCGCCGCCCUUUUAUUUAAAUUCAUUGAAGAGCCACAACAGUCUUGCCCAGUGUCACGAUCCUUUAGGAAACCUGAAGAGAACAAGAUCAGGGAACAUGAUGGAGGAGAAGAAGACAACAGAUGAAACAGUGAACAGAAAAAAAUCGGUUUUUCUGCCGGAGUUACCUGACAAUGACGCAUUCAAUGAGGCGAUAUUGGCGGCAGUGUUGGCUCCGGUGCUUGAAGACGCGGGCGGGGAGACGAGCAAUAAAAGCCCAGCAUUGGCUGGGGGGAAGAUGGGGAAGAGGCUAAGAGUUUUUCAGGACAUUACUUUGUCUUUGAGGUCCUCAUCCAAUGCCUGAAUGCAUACAUACAUUCAUGACUGUUUAGUAGUAGUUGGUUAGGAAGGAGAUGGUCUUGUUCUCCAGCGUUUUUUUCCUCAAGGGAAGCGUGGUGGUGUUCUAUUUAUUUAAAUUCUCUUAUUUGUACUUCCUGUUUAACAGAGCCAAUAAAUCCUUGAAAUUUGAUGA